CUUGUUCUUUUUCGUAUUAUGACGUACAAAAAACAAUCCGACUUCUGCCUGGAUAAUUUGUCUAUGGCUGGUUAUUCAUUUACACUCCAUUCGUUCAGAAACAACACAAGAAUUUUUACGGGAAGUUACGGUUUUUAUGUUCACAUAGUUUUGACAUGGUAGUGGUUAAAUAAAUAUAACGAAAAUGCAAUUAUUACGAUACAUUAUUAGAUAGAUAAAUUUACGUUAUUAAUUAAAAUAUUCUCGUUAUCUUUUUGAACGUUUCGAAUUAUAUCUUAGAAUGCAUUUCGUGCACAUUUUCGAACGUAGCUACAUGACGUUGUUGAUCCACUUAAAAUUCCGCGCCGAAUCCACUUGAAUAUGAAUUUUUUGAAGUGGAGUUUGAAACUGUGAAACUAUUUCAUUACUUGGCUGCAUUCCAAAUAGUUCGAAGUCAGUUAAUUUUUACAAAAUAUUUUUUGUUUAUCAACAAGAAAAAUAUAUAUCAUGGCGUAAGUGUUUUUAGUGUUUUUCUACAUAUAUUGUGUGCUAAAAAAAUGCUAUAUUAAAUUAAUGUAAGACUUAAUUAUUUUAAUUAAAUCGCAGAUCAACUUCUGCUGAAAAUUCUCACACACGUCGUCGCGUAACGUACCGGCAGUUAGAAAUUCUGUGGGAAUUUUUAAAUUCCAAUAAGGACGUGGCUGUCGGUUUUAAUAAAUCUGCCCAAGCGCGAGAAUACGCAAAACGUAUGUGGGAAGAAGUCGCAGAAGCAUUAAAUUCAUUGGGAGAAGGAGCUUUUAAAGACUGGAAAGGAUGGUCAAAUUAUUGGGUGGAUUAUAAAGCUAAAUUAAAAAGAAGAGUUGCUGCAGUACGUCUGUCUCAAAACCGUACUGGAGGUGGACCUUCGAAUGUUCCACCCUUGGAUGCACUAGAACAAAAGUUCUUGAGCAUUUUAGGGGCAGGUUUCGGUUCGGGCUUGAGUAAUGUACAAGUCGACCCAUUUCCAAACAUACCAAGUACUAGUGGCACUGCAUUGAGAUCAGAACCUCUGGACACCGACUCUGAUGCAGUAAUGAUUGAGAUCACUGCAUCAGAGUCAGAGUCCAGAGGAGACAUACAUAUAACAACUAUAGAUACACAAAACACAGGAACUGAAGAGCUUCCACAUCCUCAAAUAGAAGAAGUUCCUACAGAAGCCCCUCCGUCUCGCCCGACACGUCGUAGACCAAGACAACAGAGAACUGUUAGCAUGGAGGCAGCAAGGAAUGCUUUAAUAGAUGUUGCAAGGUCACGACUAGAAGAACAAAGAAGACAGACAGCUAUUAUGGAGCAAAUGCUCAAUACAUUAAAUAGGAUAGCUGAAUCAAUUAACAGAAGCUCGAGAACUCCAGAGGCGAGAAACGAGGGCGCGCCUGGCAGCUAAACCUUCAUUUAAUUCUACACUUGAAGACUGAGACAGAUCAUGGUGAGCA